UCUGCUGUGGGCCGGGCCUUCUCGAGUUCCGGAGUCGAGUCGCUGGCAGCCUGAGCCGGAUCCGAGAUGCAGCCGCCGCCCCGAAAAGUAAAGCCGGCCCAGGAGGUGAAGCUUCGCUUCCUGGAGCAGCUCAGCAUCCUUCAGACUCGGCAGCAGAGGGAGGCGGAUCUGCUGGAGGAUAUCAGAUCCUACAGCAAACAGAGGGCAGCCAUUGAACGGGAGUAUGGACAGGCACUCCAGAAGCUGGCUGGGCCAUUUCUGAAGAGGGAAGGGCAGCGGAGCGGGGAGAUGGACAGCAGACCUUCUCUGGAGAGGGACAGGACAGUGUUUGCUGCCUGGCGCUGCCUGCUGGAUGCCACCAUGGCAGGAGGCCAAACUCGGCUCCAGGUGUCUGACCGAUUCCGUGACCUAGCAGGGGGCACGGGGAGGACUGCCAAGGAGCAGGUGCUUAGAAAGGGAACAGAGAGCCUCCAGAAGGCACAGGCAGAGGUGCUGCAGUCUGUCCGGGAGCUGAGCCAAAGUCGGAAGCUGUACGGGCAGCGGGAGCGUGUGUGGGCCUUGGCACAGGAGAAAGCAGCUGAUGUCCAGGCCAGGCUGAAUCGAAGCGACCAUGGGAUCUUCCACUCUCGGACCAGUCUCCAGAAACUGAGCACCAAGCUAUCUGCCCAGUCAGCCCAUUAUUCCCAGCAGCUGAGAACAGCCCGCAAUGAAUACCUGCUCAACUUGGUAGCCAUGAACGCCCACCUUGACCACUACUACAAGGAGGAACUGCCAGCCCUGCUCAAAGCCCUGGCCAGUGAGCUGUCAGAACACUUGAGGGACCCCCUGACCUUACUGAGCCACACUGAGCUGGAAGCUGCCGAGAUGGUCCUGGAGCAUGCCCGCCAUGGGGGGCAGGCCACUUCCCAGGUAAAUUGGGAACACGAUGUGAAGCUAUUUCUUCAGGAGCCUGAAGUGUUUUCCCCAACCCCACCUCAGCAGUUUCAGCCAGCUGGAGCCGAUCAGGUGUGUGUGCUGGAAGAGGGAGCAGAAGGCGUGGCUGGGAGGAGUGGCCUAGAGAAAGAGAUUCAGCGCUGGACGAGCCGAGCUGCCCGUGACUACAAGAUCCAGCACCACGGACAUCGGGUGCUACAGCGUCUAGAGCAGAGGCGGCAGCAGGCUCCAGAGCGCGAGGCUCCAGGCAUAGAGCAACGGCUUCAGGAAGUGAGGGACAGCAUUCGGCGAGCACAGGUGAGCCAGGUGAAGGGGGCUGCCCGGCUGGCUCUACUGCAGGGGGCUGGCCUGGAUGUGCAGCACUGGCUGAAGCCAGCCAUGACCCAGGCCCAGGAUGAGGUGGAACAGGAACGACGGCUUAGUGAGGCUCGGCUGUCCCAGAGGGAUCUCUCUCCUACGGCUGAGGAUGCUGAGCUUUCUGACUUCGAUGAAUGUGAGGAGACAGGGGAGCUCUUUGAAGAGCCUGCCCCACCAGCCCUGGCCACCAGGCCCCUCCCCUGCCCUGCACAUGUGGUGUUUGGCUAUCAGGCAGGCCAGGAGGAUGAGUUGACCAUCACAGAGGGUGAGUGGCUGGAGGUCAUAGAGGAGGGAGAUGCUGAUGAAUGGGUCAAGGCUCGGAACCAGCAUGGUGAAGUAGGCUUUGUCCCUGAGCGGUAUCUCAACUUCCCGGAUCUCUCCCUUCCUGAGAGCAGGCAUGACAAUGACAAUCUCUCAGGGGCAGAGCCCACAGCAUUCCUGGCCCAAGCCCUGUACAGCUACACUGGCCAAAGUGAAGAAGAAUUGAGCUUCCCUGAGGGCGCGCUCAUCCGCCUGCUGCCCCGGGCCCAGGAUGGAGUGGAUGAUGGCUUCUGGCGGGGAGAAUUUGGGGGCCAUGUUGGGGUCUUCCCUUCCUUGCUCGUGGAGGAGCUACUUGGCCCUCCUGGCUCCUCUGAACUCUCUGAUCCUGAACAGAUGCUGCCAUCUCCUUCGCCUCCCAGCUUCUCCCCUCCUGCACCCACCACUGCCUUGGAUGGAGCUCCUGCACCUGUCCUUCCUGGGGACAAAGCCUUGGACUGCCCUGGACCCCUGGACUUGAUGGCUCCUCGACUCAGGCCGGUGCGGCCACCACCUCCUCCACCAGCUAAAGCCCCGGACCCUGGCCAUCCAGAUUCUUUCACCUGAAGGCCAUGGGAUCACUGCCCCCC